UCUUUUGUGAAAUUCUCCAAAACAAAAACAGAUUUCUUAAUUGUGUUAAUUUAUUGACAAGUCAUUACAAACAACGCCAAGAAAAUGAAACGUUUUUCUUGUUGUUUUAGUCUUCGCACGAUCGGUUUUAGUAUAGCCUCCUUAGACAUACUCGUCUCACUGACCAUAUUGGGCCUAUGCAGUUAUUAUCUCUACACAGACUAUUUCAAUUUGACCAACUGGGGCAUUUCCUCACACGAUAAUGUCCGAAUUGUGGAUCCGCUGAGUAAUAUGUUGUCAUCUGUUGUCAAUUAUGUCCUGCUGCAUAAUUUUCCGGAUGCCUUCUAUGUGGUUAUGGCCAUUGUUUUGUGGAUAAAAUCCUUGAUUAACUUUAUAUUGGCGAUUUUGUUAAUCGAUGGUAUUAGAAAGAAGCGUACCAUUUGCAUUGCACCCUGGCUCAUAAAUACCGUUAUAUCGAUAGUGGUCGAAAUCACCACUUACAUAUUAAUGGAAAUCAAAUUCAAUGAAGUUGAUGCGGCCACAGAUAAACGUAUUGUGCGUAGCAUAAUAUUUGGCAUAUUUAUAAUGUUCAAUGUCCUGUUUACGUUUGCCAUUUAUUGGCUGUGUAAAUUCCUCAAAAUUCAACAACAAGAGAAUCAAGUUUUGCAAGAAAGUAUUGUGGAUGCCACUGGAAUGUUUCAACAUGUCAAAGUUUAAAAUAGAAAAUUGAUAAUAAUUUUUUUGCAGAGAAAUUUCGCAUAUAAAUUCAAAACAACUGUUAAAUUUAAGAUUUAAAUGUUAGUCCGCUGUAAUAAUUAUUUUUUUCACAUGGUCUACUUACCUCAAAA